AAUUUCUUUUCCUAUACGAGAAUAUUCCAAUAAUUAAUUAAAAAAAUAAUUUCAUCAAUUCCAUUGUCAAUAAAAAUGAAAAAUGUUACUAUGCAUCUAUCUUUGCAUUAUCUCCGAUGAACAAAAUCAUCAAAUGGAAGAAAUUCAAUUGCAAAUACUUUUUAAUUCUUAUUCACCCAAAGAUCUGAUCGUAAAUCUUAAUUUUCCACACAGAAAACAAAAUCUUUGAACGAAAAGACCGCCGCCACCCUGUCACCUACCACGAAGACCGCCCCUGAGGGCAAGAUCAAUGCAUCGACUUCCGUGUCAUCAUCCAAGAUGGCGAUUCCGAACAGCAGAAAUUUCGCCAAUUGUUACAUGGAACUGUGCAAACAGCAACAUCUGCGACCUCUGCCGGUCAUCUGCGUGACACUUCCCCAUAGUCUAGACUUCACCACCGACCGUGUAAAAAUGGACGAUUGGGGCCCAAUAUUAAAUUCUCUGUCUCUCGAUCGUAGCCUACGAUCGAUUAGCGUUCGCAGCAGGUAUCAAUGUCGCAAACCUUUGGAGGAGAUCAAUUCGGAAGACAAGGCCAGAACGAUGGGCAAGGCACCCGUCGUGUUGUCUCGAUAUCUUCUGGAAUGGCUGUCCCAUAGCGUAGCUCAAUGCGUCAGAAAUUCGCCGGUUCUGACCAAUUUGGAGCUGGAAGGAAUUCCAUUUCCUCCAGAUUGUUUGGCUGUUCUCUGCGUGGGUCUGUCGCACACGCACACCCUUCAUUACUUGUCUCUCCAGCGUUGUUACAUCGGUGAUAGUUCUUGCGAGGUGUUGUGUCGUACGGUGGCCGACGUGCCCAGUGUCAGAUCGUUGAAUCUCAGUUACUGCGACUUGACGUGCAAGUGCGGUCCGGCUCUGGCGGCCGCCUUGUGCAGACAGAAGCUGUUACUCUAUCACGACACUUGGAAACAGUCGCUCAGAUAUCAGGAACCGAAUCUCGAGGCUAUGCCGGGAUUACGUCGUUUGACGUUGAACGAUAAUCCUCAACUCGGCGACGCGGCCAUAAUGGAGCUGAUCGAAGCGGUGAGGGAUAGCCUUUGGUUGAAAGCGUUGGAUCUGCAACGCUGUGGAUUGACCGACAAGAUCGGCAAGGAUCUUCUCGAACUGCUUGACCACAACACCACUCUGAGUAUCCUGGACGUGAGGCAGAACGUGAACCUGAACGAGGCGUUGGUGAACGAGGUGAUCAAGAGGCUGGAGGAGAACAACGGUGACGCGAAGACCGAGUAUAGGUGGUUGGGUUUGCCACAGCACGAUCGAAGAGUGGUGUCGGCAGGCAGUGGGAACAGGAACGAGAACGAGGAUCACAGGAAACCUCCGAUCAGACCGCGUAGCACGGAGUACAACAAGGGGCCCUAUGCAGCGAGGAGAAUGGUUAAUCAAAGUAACGCGAGGAAAACGAAAAUGAGACCUCACGUUCCACCGUACAAGACUACUAGACAACUGCAGCAACAGGAGCAACAACACAUCAUUCAAAAUGGUCAGCCCAAGUCGAAAAUCUCGCUUCAUCUGGAUCUACAGUCUCACAUACAGCCUGUGAUGGGGGAGGGACAAAAUAACGUUCCGUCCUACGUGGACAGUAUUCAGGCUGACACGGACAGGUCGUCGUCGAAAAACCUGGAGGUCAUAAAAAUUGACGUUGGCGUGCAGGUGGAAAACGAAGAAAUGGAGAAUUCCACUAAAAUUCAAAAGAUCCAGUUCCAAUUGAGCGAGGCGAAGGCUGAACACGAUCGGCUCAUCGAAGAGGCUAAACGUAGCGGUAUAAUGCUGGCGGACGAGCGAGGAAGACGCGAGGCCGCCGAGGAGCAGUUGAACGCGAUGAAAAGCAACCUGACAGAGCUGGAGAACGCUCUGGAGGAGAAGGAGCGGGAAACGAGCGGAUAUCUAUUGCUCAGUCAGCAGUCUUUGGAGGAGAUUUGCAGUUCCUUUGAUAGAUUGCUGAACAUGUUGGACAGCAUGACAAAAAAUCGGAAUGCUAAUAGAAGAGAGAGUACCGAGGCCGCCAUUGUGAGGGCGGACAUAAAGAGACGGGUCGCCUCUGUGAUCAGGGAGACGAAAUCGGAGAAUCUGAGGCGAGGAUUCAUCAUCGACGACGACAACUCAAUCCAGUACACGGAGCCUAUCAAGAAGUUUGCCAAGUCGGAGAGCGACAUGAGAUCCGCUUUGCCACCGAUUUCCACGUUGCAUCUGGAGAGGAAUAUAGGGGACAGUCCGGAUAUCGGUUCGCCCACUUUGCAGAGGGUCUUGCUUCACGAGAAGGACUCGUUGUCUCCCAGAGCUAGGGCCAGGGCGCUGUUCGCUCAGAUAAUUCAAGGGAACACUGUGCUUGACUUUUGCACUCAUAUCGAUUAGUAAAUUGGGAGUAGCUGAAGAUUCAGGGACGAGGUUUGUAAGGUGUACAAGCGCGUAGCUUUUUAUAGAAAUAAUAUAGGUAGAUAAAUAUACGGAACGAAGAAAAGGAACAAGUGCUCAGUUCGUCGUACGUCGACCCUGAUUCAUUGAAAUAUCUUAUAAGCUGAAGAAGCUGCGUAACGAUUGCUGGGAAACGAAACUAAGAAAUACAAUAGAUAAAUAAAAA